GGCUUUUAUCCAAAAAAAAAAGAAAAGAAAAACCCAGCAGCAGGCUGCAGUUCCCCGCGAUUCCGGAAUUCCGAAAGCCCGCCGUCGCCGGAGACGAUCAGAGGGCAGCGCCCCACACUCCGCGCGGCCGAGGCCAAAUGGCGCCGAAGAAGAAGCAGCCGGCGUCGAAACAGAAGCAGAAGCCCAAACCCUCCUCAUCCGCCGCCGCCGCGGCGCCGCGCCUCCAGAUCUCGUCGGAGAACGAGCGCCGCCUCCGCCGCCUGCUCCUCAACUCCUCCGCCUCCGCAGCCCCCUCCCCGGCGUCCACGGACGGUCCCGGGGCCCGCGGGGAGUCGAGGGAGCAGAAAGCGCGGCGGCUGCGUGGCGUGUACGACAAGCUCGCGCUCGAGGGCUUCACCUCCGCGCAAAUCGAGCAGGCGCUCUCCGCUAUUCCUGAUUCGGCGACAUUUGAGUCGGCGUUGGACUGGUUGUGCUUUAAUCUGCCAGGCGAUGAGCUGCCCCUUAAGUUCUCAAGCGGUGGCACCAGCACCACCUCCUCCCGCGUAGGAACUGAAGGUUCUGUUAAGGUACUGUCCACAGCCAAGGAAAAUUGGGUGCCACAGAGUCGCGAACCUGGGGAGGUGAAUGCUAGCACUGAGCAGUUGGAAAUCAGAAUUGGUGGGCGUAGAGAGGAGAAUGUAUCAUUGGAUGAUGGGCGGUCAUCGCAAGCUGCUUGGAUUCGGCAAUAUAUGGAACAACAAGAGGAGGAGGAUGCAAAUUCUAAUGAUUCCUCCACAUGGGAAGAUCACUGCUUACAAAGUUUGGAAGUUGUUGAAGCAAAACCAAGUAGGCGGAAGAGCAAGGCUGCAAAAAAGAAUUCCAAGCAUGGAGGCUUGAAGGAAGAUACAAGCCAUUCUGCACAUUCUGUCUCUUCAAAUUCUGAAACUGCAAAUGUUGAGGGUGGUCAGAAUGAUUUAGGGGUAGCUGAAAAUAAUUCUGACAGUCCAGGAAAUAUUGAUGAAGGAUCUGAUUUGCAAAAGGGAACUCCUAAGGAUGUUGUCGAAACUUGCACGAAGGUGAUAGAGGAAGAGGAGGUAGAGCUUGAUGGCAUGUUUUUUGAAGACUCAUCUGCUUGGGAUGCAGUGGCUCCAGAAAUAUUGAAACAGCAAAAAAUAGAGAAAUUAUCACAUGAUGGUUAUGGCCAUCUUCUUGGGAACAUAGAUGAUAUAUGGAAGAAGGGAGAUUCUGGUAAAAUGCCAAAAGCUGUUCUACAAAAGUUUUGUCAGAGACUUGGUUGGGAAGCACCCAAAUAUAGUAAAGUAUCUGAGAAAGGUGGUAAAUUUGUGUAUGCUGUUAGCGUGUUGCGGGGUGCUACUGGCCGUGGUAAGAGUCGGAAGGCUGGAGGCUUGACGAAAAUUCAGUUACCUGAAAUAGAUGAAGAAUAUGGAUCUGUUGAGGAAGCACAAAGUCGAGUUGCAGCUUUUGCUCUAUAUCAAUUCUUUGCUGACCUUCCCUUACGUCAGCUGCUUACUGAGCCAUACUCGUCACUUGUUUUAAGAUGGCAAGAAGGUGAAUUAUUGUCAACAUCAAGGGUGUUGGAUACUGAAGAUAGUCGAAGAGCUGGCUUUGUAGAUAUGUUAUUGAAUAUGGAUGCAGAUACAUCUCAUAUCGAAGAUUCUUCUGCUGGUGUAAUACUUGUAGAUACUGGGGAUACUGAAGACAACAAAUCUGUACAUGAGAAGAGAGAGACUGCCAUGAUGAGUUGUAUGGGAGUGAAAUCCCCAGAGCAUGCAGAGAGUGCAAUUUUGAAAAAGCAGUUGGAAGACAAAAAGAAGCUACCGAAUUACUUGAAAAUGCUGGAAGCCAGAGCUUCUCUACCAAUAGCUAAACAGAAGCAACAUUUCCUACAAUUGCUGAAAGACAACGAUGUAAUUGUUGUUAGUGGAGAAACUGGAUGUGGGAAAACAACUCAGGUGCCACAGUUUAUUUUGGACGACAUGAUUGAUUCUGAACUUGGAGGAUAUUGCAAUAUAAUUUGCACUCAGCCCCGGAGGAUAGCGGCCAUUUCUGUUGCGGAGAGAGUGUCUGAUGAAAGGUGUGAAUCUUCACCUGGAUCGAAUGAUUCACUUGUUGGAUAUCAAGUUCGUCUUGACAGCGCACGGAAUGAGAGGACAAAACUUUUGUUCUGCACUACUGGUAUCCUUCUCAGGAAAUUAUCUGGAAACAGGGACUUAAGUGAUAUUACUCAUGUUGUCGUAGACGAAGUGCAUGAACGUACUAUUUUGAGUGACUUCCUGCUUAUUGUUCUUAAGAACCUUGUUGAGAAACGCUCCAAUGAACAAGGAAGGAAGUUAAAAGUGAUUCUCAUGUCUGCGACGGUAGAUUCAAGCCUAUUUGCACGAUAUUUUGGAGAAUGCCCUGUGAUCAGUGUUGAAGGAAGAACACAUCCAGUGUCAACUCACUUUCUUGAGGAUGUUUAUGAGAAGAUGGAGUACUGUCUUGAAUUGGAUUCUCCUGCAUCAGGAGCGUACUUUGCACAACAUGGGGAAAAGUGGAAGCAUGCUAGCAGCUCAGUGAAUAACCGGCGAGGCAAAAAGAACCUUGUCUUAUCCUCAUGGGGUGAUGAGUCAACUCUUUCUGAAGGCUAUGUUAACCCUCAUUAUGUUUCUGAUUACUAUAAGUCAUACAGUGAGAGAACCAACCAAAAUCUAAAACGGUUGAACGAAGAUGUGAUUGAUUUUGAUCUGUUGGAAGACUUGAUAUGCUUUAUUGAUGAGAACUGCCCUCCUGGUGCUCUUCUAGUUUUUCUUCCUGGAGUUGCAGAGAUUGACAUGUUGAUUGAUAGAUUAUCUUCUUCAGUUAGAUUUGGAGGGGCAUCAUCUGAUUGGAUCCUUCCCUUACAUUCACUACUUGGACCCUCUGAUCAAAGAAAAGUGUUCCAGUCUCCACCAGAUAAAUUCCGCAAGGUGAUUACCCCCACUUCUGUCCUCACAGAUAUACUGUGUACUUACUACAUGAUGUUGCAGGUUAUUGUUGCCACAGACAUAGCAGAGACCAGCAUUACAAUUGAUGAUGUAAUAUAUGUAGUUGAUACUGGAAAGCACAAGCAGAACCGUUUUAACCCACGGAAGAAAAUGUCAAGCAUAGUAGAAGAUUGGAUUUCUCGUGCAAAUGCAAAGCAGAGACGCGGAAGGGCUGGUCGUGUGAAGCCUGGUUUAUGUUUCUGUUUGUAUACCAGGCAUCGAUUUGAAAACAUUAUGCGUCCAUUUCAGGUGCCUGAGAUGUUGCGGAUGCCUUUGACUGAGCUGUGCCUGCAAAUAAAAUCACUUCAUCUCGGAGACAUCAAAUCCUUCCUGCUAAAGGCAGUAGAGCCCCCUAACGAAGAAGCUAUUUCCUCUGCAGUUGACUUGUUAUACAAGGUUGGAGCAUUUGAAGGACAUGAGGAGUUGUCACCUCUUGGGUAUCAUCUAGCAAAACUGCCUGUUGAUGUUUUGAUCGGAAAGAUGAUGCUUUAUGGUGCUAUCUUCGGUUGUUUAUCACCAAUUCUUUCUGUUGCUGCUUUUCUGAGCUAUAAAUCCCCAUUUAUCUCUCCGAAAGAUGAGAAGCAAAAUGUCGAGAAAGCAAAAGCGACACUGUUGAAUGAGAACCUUGAUGGGUCUACUUCUGCAACAGAUAAUAAACAAUCAGACCACCUGGUAAUGGUAAUUGCGUACGACAAAUGGUCUAGAAUACUGCUGCAGCAUGGAGCUAAAUCUGCUCGUCAGUUUUGCCAUUCAUUUUACUUGAAUAGUACGGUGAUGCACAUGAUCAGGGACAUGCGUCUUCAGUUUGGCACAUUGUUAGCUGAUAUUGGACUUAUUGAUCUUCCUAAAGAUAGUAUGAGGCCUAAGGAGGGGAGUAGGAAAAGUAAUCUUGAGAUCUGGUUUUCUAAUAUGUCGCUUCCAUUCAAUGCGUAUGCUCGCUGCACUUCAGUUAUUAAGUCGGUCAUAUGUGCAGGUCUAUACCCUAAUGUUGCAGCAUCUUUGGAGGGUGUUGAUCCUGGAGCUUUAGGUGGAAGAAAGCCAUCUGAUAUUCUGUUCAGUAAGGACCGUCCUAGAUGGUAUGAUGGAAGGCGAGAAGUCCAUAUACAUCCAUCAUCUGUGAACCACAGCUUGAAAGCUGUUCGAUAUCCAUUUUUGGUGUUUCUUGAAAAGGUUGAGACAACGAAGGUGUUUUUACGUGAUACUAGCGUCAUUUCUCCAUACUCACUCCUUCUGUUUGGUGGUUCCAUGGUGAUCCAACAUCAGACAGGAGUGGUUGUUAUAGAUGGAUGGUUGAGGCUGUCUGCUACUGCCCAGACUGCUGUUUUAUUCAAGCAACUUCGAAUAACACUUGAUGCUGUUCUGAAAGAACUGACAAGAAAGCCAGAGAUGGCAACAUUUGUUGACAAUGAAGUGGUCAGGUCCAUCAUUCAUUUACUGUUAGAAGAAGACAAAGCCCAAUUAGCAUGAGUCAUGGAAGAAAAGCGAGGCCUACGGGAGCAUCAGCGCUAUUUCACCUGUGGUGGCGUGCCGCGUGUCCGCUGGGACAUGACGGCCCUUCCAUCACGCGGCAGACGCGUGGGCUUGCUCGGCUCGUGCACUCGUGAUGAGUUCUGGGUCCAACCUGGCCUGUCGUCCGCAUCACGCGUCGUGCCUCCAACUUGUCCUACGUCGUCCUUACCUCGGCAAAAUUUCCCAAUCCGGUGAAGUUUUGUCAUAUCUGUGUAGGGAGCUAUUAGCGACUUAUUGUUAGAGCAUCUCAAUGAUAAUGGUUCGAGAAGUAGAUCAUAACUGCACCAAACCAUUUUACUAAUAUAUGUUAUCCCACACCAGUACAGCACACCAUCUCAAACCAUCAUCUUUUAAAACCAAACUAAACCAGACCACAUUCAUCAUGCAAUUAGCUAGCUCCAUCUGUCCACGUUGUAGGUCUGCAGCUGAUGUUCACGUUCGCCUAUGCGCGCUGCAGGCCUAUUCAACUGCAUUAAUUGGCCAAAAUGAUUCUUUCGAACCAACAAAUGAACUCGAAAACAAAAGCUCAAUCCGUAUCAAACCAGUCCCUUGUGAAAGAAGAAACAAACCUAAUCAGACCAAUGGUUAGACACAUCAACCCAUUUGACACUGAACCAAAAGAGCCCGGAUAGCAAAACCAGACUAUUAAAACUGGGUGCGCCCCGAACCAUUAGCAGCUUGAUCUACAACAGUUCCCUAAUAAAUAUCUCUAAGUAAAAUAAUAUUGGGAUGUUCUAAUUCCAUUUUUAUCGAUUAUUAGAAGAGAUGCUUUUACAGUUCCUCAGUAACCGUAUCCUAAUACAACUAACAUACUGGAAGAGCUAAAAUUCUUCCUUUAUUUGAGGAGAGUUGGGGUUAAAUAUUAGGACAACCCAAUAAUUAUUUGGUAAAGUGAGAUGUUUUGGGUAACUGCUGGAGUAUAUAUUUCUCUCAGUAUCAUUAGGCCAGUCUCAGUGGGGAGUGUCAUCGCAUAGUUAUCAAAAUUGUGAACUACGUAAACGAGGCAGAGUGUUAUGGUGAUGAUACUCCUCUCACAUCCUAUGACACUGCCCAUCCUCUCUUCGUAAUGGUUCUACCAUGUCAGCAAAUUUAAUGCUCAUGACACUCGUAUGACACUCUUAUUGAGAUUUGCCUUAGUUUUUUGGGGAAAGGGAGACGGCUGGAGAUGCUUUGUUUGGUUUUUGCAGCUAUUGUAAACUGAGCUCUUUUGGCAUACGAGUAGAUUUUGAAAAGGUUUUAAAGAUGUCUUUUUCACUAAGCAUUAACUGUGCUGAAAGAAGGCUGCAAUAUGUUAAAACCUUUGUUGCCUACAAGAGAUCCUAUCGUUUUAUUUUCUAUACUACAUUUUUUUUCAUGUCUAUAUAUGUGCUUUGUAGACCUAAAUUGAUAGAUCUUUCUUCAGUCUCGCCCCGUACUAUUAAUAAAUUUGCAUGUCGUAUAUUGACUUUAUAUUUUCCUUUUUUUGAACUGAUGCUGUAAUAUACAGCCAUAAUGCAACUUAUUGUACUACGCUAAACGCUGAUAACACAGAUCAUACACGCUUUCACUGCAGGCGCGGCGUUAGCGCGCUGAUCAUCUAGUAUACGUAACUCAGAACAACAAACAGGUAACAUAGUGCGUUGGUGGUUACAGUUGUAUUAGCAUUUGGAAACUUAGAGUCGCACCUUCUGCAAUUCACGAAGUCGUGAUCCAUUCUGGAUGACAGUUGCAACUGAAAUUGGGAAUACAUCUUCUACAAAGUGCACCGUUCCGAAGCACUGUUAUUUGGCAA